CCUGUCCAUUAAUUUUUUUGAAGGCUGCCAAUUGAUCCUUCCCAUCCUCGUCACAUGAAAAAGGCCCCCGUCAUUCAAAGCUUCCCAUACCUAUUCAUUCAGCCUCUCGACAAGCUUGCUCGUACCACACGCGUCACUCAGCAACCAACCACAUCAGAUCUGCCAUCAUGGCCCCAACAGCCCCAACAAAACGCAAAUCCCUCCGCGCAAAAGCAACAGAGCGCCUGGCGAACCCCCUGGCCCCGCGCAAGACCCACCGCCCCCAGGCGCAGGUCUCCGAGUCCUUUAUAGAAUCCAAGCGCGACAGGCGGCUGAUCAAGCACUCCUCCUUCGUCUCGCGCAUCACAAAACCAUCCUCGACCCGCCUGACGCCAACCCAGCGCAAGAACCUCAAGCGCCGCGCAAAGGCCCGCGAGUCCGCCACGAACGCCGCCACGAACCUGACCUCCCUGUCGGACGCCCUCCCCAGCCUGACGGAGGACGAGGUCCGCGCGGGCGAGACCCAGGCCGCGGGGCGGGUGCGCCACAAGUCGCUCAAGAGCACGCCGGGGGCCCUGCGCAGGAAGGAGCGGCUCGUCCGCGGCGAGAUGGAGCGCUUCGGGCUGAGCCUCGCGCAGCUGAGCACGGUGCGGGAGCAGCCCGCCCCCACCCCGGCAGCGGCUGAGGGGAUGAACGUCGAGGACAAGGACGGCGAGGAGGAGAACCGCGCGCCCGUGCAGAGCACCGCGGGCCGGUUCGCCGCGCUGCGGGGGUUCAUCGCCGCCACCAUGGAGCAGAACCCGGCCUUCUCGAGGCAGAACGGACUCGCGGGGAGGACGGGGUGAGGAGGGGCUGGCUGGUUGGUUGCGUGGCUGGUUGUGGGUAGGAAGGAGGUAUGACUGACUCUCAGCACCCACGGCCGACAUGCAUCAUCAUCACAUCUGAUCCCGCAGUGGGCGGUCCCGGCUUCAUCUCUGGUCUUCUGGCCUGGCCACGCUAGUUUCCCUUGGUCGUCCUUCUGCCGCUGGAUGCAGCCGGACAUCUCCAGGGUCUGCCCAGCGGUACAGCUGACGGAUAAGAGAGUAUCACAUAGGAGGGUAUGUCGUAGGAGGGAUAUCCCGCAGGAGAUUACGCUACAAGAAGGCGUCCCAUAAGCGGUCGUCCCACAGGAAGUUGAUCAGGGGAUGUGGAUAUUGUGGCCGGGUGGUAGACACCCGAGCAAGGCUCAUCAAGCAAUACUGCAGACGAUUUUUAUCACCUCAAUCGCAAGUAGAGAGGGUAGACCAAUCCAGGCCAAAAGUCGGCCAUGCA